CGCUGUCCGGUGGCCGCAGCACGGACUGCAAAACCUAAGUGAUCGCUGUCGGACUUAACGCACAGUGUUCUGCUGGAGCUGCGAGUACAAUGGGUGCAAGGAUCUGUGGAUGUGUCCUCCUGCUUGCAGUGGUUUUCAAUGAACUGUAUGCAUCAAGACCAACUGUAAACCAGGAGCUGUCCACUCUUUUCAAUGAGUUAUGGAGGCUGGAUGUGAACCGCAUGAAGCCCGGGAUAGACUACACGAUCUCUGUUCAAGGUAAAGCUGGUUUUGUGAGCCCGGGGAGCCAUGUUGCACAGGACCAUGCCUCACUGCCUCUGUUUUCCCAGGUUAAUGAGACCAAACUGCAGGCCAUAACUACCUAUUCCCGUUUCAUGAAACUUCUUGACAACUAUGAGCGGUCAACAGGCGUGUCCGAGCAAGUCACAGCAGAGGAGGUGACAGAGAAUAAUCUCUUCCUGGAUGCUGUCUUACAGACCGGGGUCAUGAAGCGGGCUCAUAAAUAUCUGAUCAGCAAGGGCCAGUCGAGCUCUGACCUGAGGCAGUUCAAGAGUCAGCUCUACUUAAUCUGGUUCCACCUCUACCACAGGGAAAGAAACGGAGGUGUGGACUCCUGUGGAUUCGAGCAUGUCUUCGUUGGAGAGACAAAAGCUGGGAGAGAAGUCGUUGGUUUCCACAACUGGAUCCAGUUCUACCUGCAGGAGAAGAACAGGCACCUGGACUACAAGGGAUACAAGGCCAGAGACCAUGACUUGCCGGAUCAAGACGACCACGUGCUCAACCUGCAGUUCAGCUGGCACGGUCUGGUCAAGCCGGUUGGCGGCGCCUUCAUCGGGCCCAGCCCAGAGUUUGAGAUGGCCAUCUUCACCGUCAUCUUCCUCAUGAACACAGAGAGAAGCACCGCAGUGGUGGUGAACGUCGACCAGUGCCAGAUGGAGCUGGUGGUGGUCAGGCACGGCCGCUCCCUCGGGACGGCCUAUCCAAAACUGCUGAGCAGCAACAGCAGACAUUUGAGGCAGCAGAGGGAGUAGCAGGUUUUGAAGACUUGACCUCAUUUGGCCCGGUGAUAUUUACCUCCUCAUAGCUUUUGUUUGCAAAUGUGACACAAGCAGACUGUGGCUCAGUAAAUACUGCCCAAACCUACACAGAAUAUUUAGGAAUAUGUAUGCAAAUGCAAAGUGUUUUUCGUUUUCAAUACAAUAUAUAGAACAUGCAUGAUCAUUAACAUUUGUACUUUUUUUUAUAUGCAAAGUAAGUGACUAUUUUUAUAUUUCACAUUUGGUCAUCUUUAUAUAAAGCCAAUAAAAAUGAAGA